AUGCUGCACUCUCGGGCGGCCCUGCGGCCGGCAGGCCUCACGGCCUCGCUCGCGACCUCGAUGCGCACCUACGCCGUUGCGUCGGCCACCGCCCGCACCGCUGAGAACCCCGUCAAGUCGCGCGUGUCCACCCCCGAGGCUCAAUUCCAGAGCGCUGCCCCGACACGGACAAGAGGCACCAUCCAAAUGAAGACCUACAAGCCGAGGACACCAGGUUUGCGGCACCUGAAGCGGCCCGUCAACGAUCAUCUCUGGAAGGGCCGACCGCUCAAGAUGCUCACGUAUCCGAAGAUCGGUCAGGGAAAGGGAGGCAGGAACGUGACUGGUCAAGUCACUGUAAGACAUCGCGGAGGUGGGCACAAGCGGAGGAUACGAGUUGUCGAUUUCAAGCGUCAAGAGCCUGGCAAGCAGGUGGUUGAGCGUAUCGAGUACGAUCCCAACCGCAGCGCGCACAUUGCAUUGCUCAAGCACCUGGAAACCAAAAAGCUGAGCUAUAUAAUUGCUCCGGAGGGCAUGAGGGCUGGUGAGGUCAUCGAGAGCUUCUUGAAGGGCAUCCCUGGCAGUUUGCUCGGAUCCAUGGGUGGUACUGUUGAUCCCGGUAUGCUUGCGGCAAAGACGGCUUUCCGCGGCAACUGCUUGCCUCUCCACAUGGUGCCGCUUGGAACCCAGGUCUUCUGCGUGGGAUCGACAAAGAACAAGAGGGCUGUGUUUUGCCGCAGCGCUGGUACAUACGCGACGGUCGUCUCCAAAGGCGAGGUGGGCAAGAAGAUUCGCGACGUUACGAUCCGUCUCCAGAGUGGCGAGCUCAGAAGGUGCGACAAGGAUGCUUGCGCCACUAUCGGAGUAGCCAGCAAUGUCCACCACCACUUCAGGCAACUUGGAAAGGCUGGUAGAUCACGGUGGUUGGGCAUAAGGCCUUCGGUGAGAGGUGUGGCCAUGAACGCGGCCGAUCACCCUCACGGUGGUGGUAGAGGUAAAUCCAAGGGUAACGUCCACCCUGUCAGCCCUUGGGGAGUGCCGGCCAAAGGUGGAUACAAGACCCGAAACAAGAGGAACCCCAACAAAUGGGUUGUACAGGAACGCCCGAGGAACCAGGGCAAGAGGCGCGCGAAGAAAUAG